CGCACGCGCCGUAGGACAAGGCGCCAGGACCCCCGCAGCCGGCGCUGACGCGGGAGCGGGGCGAGGAGCAGGCGAUGCAGACUAGGAGAGAGCCGGCUGUGACCCGGCCGGGGUCCCGCGUGUCUAUUAUUCUCCCAGUCCACAAUGCUGAACCAUGGUUGGAUGAUUGUUUGAGUUCUGUUUUGCACCAGGACUUUGAAGGCACCAUGGAGCUCUCUGUGUUUAAUGAUGCCAGUAAGGACAAGUCUGGGACUAUCAUAGACAAAUGGAAGGUGAAGCUGGAAAGUUCCGGUAUCCAUGUGGUCAUUGGAGGGCAUGAUUCUCCUUCUCCCCGAGGAGUUGGAUACUCUAAAAAUCAAGCGAUAGCACAGAGCUCAGGAUCUUACCUUUGCUUUUUGGAUUCAGAUGAUGUGAUGAUGCCUCAGAGAGUGAGACUGCAGCAUGCUACCGCCCUCCAGCACCCAACGAGCAUUAUAGGCUGCUGCGUGAGCAGAGAUCCCCCCAACUCCACUGAACGGUACACGCGCUGGAUCAACCAGCUGGCGCCCAACCAGCUUCUGACCCAGGUUUUUACCUCACAUGGCCCCACAGUGGUCAUGCCUACCUGGUUCUGCUCUCGAGCAUGGUUUUCCUACGUGGGAACAUUUGACGAGGGAGGUCAGGGUGUGCCGGAGGACCUGCUUUUCUUCUAUGAACACCUCCGGAAGGGCGGUGGGGUCGUCCGAGUGGACCAGAGCCUCCUCUUAUACCGCUAUCACCUGCAUGCGGCCACACAUUCCAUCCUUGAAGCCACCAUCUGGACCCACCGCGUCCACUUCCUGGAAGAACGGGCUCUGCCUCGCUGGGCGACCUUCACCAUCUGGAAUGCAGGGAAACAGGGCCGCAGGCUGUACCGCAGCCUGACUGCUGCCAACCGCCGAAAGGUGGCUGCUUUCUGCGAUGUGGACGAGAACAAGAUCCAGAAGGGCUUCUACUGCCACGAGGACUCUGAGGAGAGGCCCAAGCCCCGGGUUCCCAUCCUGCACUUCCGAGAAGCCCAGCCACCCUUCGUCAUCUGCGUGAAGCUGGACCUUACAGAGGGCGCCUUUGAGGACAACCUGCAGUCGCUGCACCUGCAGGAGGGCCAAGACUUUCUGCUGUUCAGCUGAGGAUCUGGGCAGCCACCUUGGCCAUCUUUUCUCCAAAGCACCGUUUGGUUGUGCCUGGUGGUCUCAGAAGCCUCCAGACCCAUACCCAGAGGUCCUGAGUCCACAGAACCAGUCCAAGAACCUACACUGCUGACCGCUCCAAGGGGCUGUGUGGGUCCAGCCCCCCACUUUGAGAGCCGCUUUAUGACAUGUAAGUUACCUUUGCUUUUUAGGGAAAUUUCACAUUUGGAUCACAAGAGAUUUUCUCCAGCCAGAGAGAUCCCAGAAACCUAACCCUGCAGGGAGAUGGAGUGGACAGCACUGCCCCCCAGGUGGGCUGAGCCCCUGCGGCUGGGAUCUCCCAGGACCCUAAAAGCUGGGCCCACAGGAUGCAGAGGCCCCUCCCUGUCCAGUGCCAGAGCCAGCUGCUCCAAGUUUACAUGCAAGUAAACCAAAGCCCUGCCCUGCCUCAGUGUCCAGACCUGACUUAGAUACGCCCACAUGACUCCUGUAGAGACCACCUUAGAAAGGGGUACUGUCUACCAGGAAAGGCCCCUGGG